ACGGCAUCUGGAAACGCUGUGCUAGCUGGGACACGCUUUUCUCAUCAACCCAAUGCGUCCUUGGACGAAAAUGGAUCGACGGUAGCUCCAGUCGCCGAGGCGGCUGUAAAUGCUGUGGUGCCCAUGUAAACAUUGCAUUCGACAGCUGACAUUGUCACGUGCAUUGCUCUAUUGUGAAAGGAGACAUCUGUCGAGCUAACCAAGCCAUAGCCGCUGCAAAUUCUGAGAUCUUGUUGUAGCGACGACUUCUCCAAGCUCGAUAUCCUUGGGGCCGUGGGAGUCGAGGCUCUCGGAAACCACGGCAAGCCUGCUGCCGUCAUGAAGGUGGAGCUGGGCAGCGCCGCAGACAUUCACUUUGCCGUGACCAGCCAUAACAUCGAAGCCAUCGUCAGGCACGUCUCUUUGGGAGGCGACGUCAACGCCAAGCUCCAGGGAGCGACGCCUCUGGGAGCAGCGUUGUGCAGGAAAGCGUGGGACACUGCACAGAUUCUGCUGUCCCUUGGAGCUGAUGUGAACCAGUUCAGUCGAGACAGUGUUGGCCGUGAGGAACCACCGCUGUGCAUUGUCUGCCGCCUGGGAAAUGUCGACAUAGCAAAGAUGCUCCUUCGAAACCCUAGCAUCCGCGUGUGCCGUAGGGACAUGUUUGGCAAGACACCUCUCUGGCUUGCCACCAAGCAUGGACGGCGCGACCUCGUGUACCUUCUCCUCGUCCACAACUCCAGCGUGCGUGGUGCCACAUGCUUCGCCGACUGCCCCAUAUGGCUGUGUGCCCGCUACGGUGCGCGACACACUAUCGCCGACAUGCUUCUUGCUGCCGGAGCACCUCACGGCUCCCGUGAUGGAGCAGGGAAGGACGAUGUGGCCUGGGCAAUGGAGCGUGGGGAUGUAAAGCUGCUGACUGUGUUUCGGCUCGCUGGUUUUGGUGCCGGUAAAGUGUCGCCACCGAGCCUGCAGUGGCUGGCUAGGCGGGCCUACUGGAUAGGCCAGGAGGGUAGGAGGGAACCAAAGGGUCGGGACCUUGAGGGCAUGCCCAGAAGAAUCAGAGAUUAUGUGAUGCUCAAGGACAUAUACACGCAAAGCAGUCAGCGCUGAUGUCGUGGGGCCAUUACCUGAUGAUUAUUUUUUCGAGGAAAUCUCUGCCCACACACCGUCUCAACAACUUCACAGUGCAGCAAAGGCUAGGGCUCUUGUCAGGACAAACGAUCGCCCUAUCACCUUUUUGUGUCUGUUGUCAUAACGCUGCAGUUAUUGCUUAAAGUAUGAACUGAUUAGCUCAAGAAGUGUUGCUAAGCAAUCCGUAGAAAGAGCUGGCUGUGUAGUCUGAGAAGGGAAGGAGGGCUUGCCCAUUGUGUACUGCUGAUCCUUGUGUUAAGCUUCCAUUCAGUUGGCAUCACGUGGAGGGCGAUCAGAGGAGGUUAUUCAAGGAGCCCCUCCAUCUGGUUCUUCCUUCUAAUUGGCUGGCAUGACCUGUAGCUUUCACUGCACUGCGUGGAGUUGGCGAGAGUAUAGAUAUUGCAUGCGUAGCCCUCAGAGUUGCGGGUCCCCGAGUUGCACAUGAUUCCGCUGCAGCAGUGUGUGGUGACCUGUGUUUGACACCCAGUGCUGGCACGUUUGGGCUGUGUGUACUGAACGUCUUAUUAGGCAUGAAAAGACAAAUACAGUUGGAAGGAAACCUGGGGCAAAGCUCCACAUUAGGAAAAAGACACCUGAUGAAACCAUAUCAGCGUAUAUAAAACAGAAGACAAGGCACCACGGGCACUCACAAUGUUCGGUCUUCUGUUCUUUGUGUCUGUUUUAUUUGCACUGAUACGGCUCAUCAGGUGUCAUGUCAUGAUAGGAGUCAUCAGGUGUCAUCGGGUGCAAUAGGUUCAAUUACUGUCACAAACAGCACAAAAUAUGACAGGUUUCACUGUAAACUGUUUGCUGAACUGAAACAUAGAUAGAGCUGUCAUUAAUAGAUACUGCCCAUUUUUGUCCAUGGAGAAAGCACUGCCUAGAUAUUGCAUACAUAGAGAGACUUCAGAUUUAUAAGGGACCCAGAAUUUAACUUUUUCAAUAUUUGGUUUUGUACACAGUUACUUAUCUCUGUGCUUGGCACAUAAAAGUGACCCAGUUAUAUACAGUCACGAAGCACUAGGCUUCAUGCAGGCCAGACAAGUGCAGGUCAAUUAAAACCAGUAAAGUGAAUCUGGUUGGCAGUAAUGUUUGUGCUGUAUGCUGAUAGCAAGUGAUACUACUAUACAAGCCUGUUCUGCAAAACCCAGAUGUCCUUUUGACGUCAGGUUCGUAUAACAUCAUACAUAAAGGAUAUGAGUCGUAGUUUUUCUGUCCACUAGCUUGAUUAAGAGAAAAGGUGAGGUUGCGUACUGGAACAGACAUGAAUGAUGAAGCACUUGCCAGCUGUUUGCCCAUUUUGCUGCAUGAUCAGUGUAUGCUAGUGCUGGUAUCAAACUAACUAGUGCUUGUGAAAAUUGUGGCUUAUGCUAUUGAUGCUAUGCAGAGUUCCCCCGCCUACCUCCAGAGACAUGGAAUAUCUGGUUUUUAUAAUACGAGUUUUUAUAACACAGUUUUUAUAAUCGCAUGUAACACAUGGUAUUGGAGCGUGACAUGGUCGUAACUGCUGGCCAUGUACUCACCUGUUGCUCACAGCAGCAUCUGAGCUCUGUUCAUUGGCAUAGAGGUCAGCUGGUGAUGUGAUGGUGCUUUUUUUUUUUCUUAAAGAAUGGCUAGUUGUGUAAUUCAAAGUGAGAACUGGAAUGGUAACCGAGUGAAAAUGAUCUAGAUCAGUGAACUGGAUCAGGACAGGAGUGACAUGUUCUUAUGUCAUCUGCUCUGUCGACUUAGGGUUGAGUGGUUUUAUGCUUGUGCCGCAUGCCUGGUGUAACAAAAUCGGUUAGCCACAGUACUCUGGAUAAUUAUACCUUGCAUUGCUAAAGGAAGCUUUAAAUAAUGGGAUGAUAAAGAGAGAUGUUAAGUGACCUUGCAAAUAUGGUUGAUGCUUCUGAAAUUUGUGAAUAGGUCAGCUUUUCUGCGAGCUUAGGAGUGAUAAGCCGAAAAGGGUGUAAGAACGAAAGAAGGUUGGUGGAAAUGUCACAUGGAAAUUCGUGUACCAGCUGCUUAUGAUACUGUGGGUUUUGGCAGCGUGUGCUCUGGGCUAGGUAAUUGGUUGGCAAAAAAAAAGAAAGUUGUGUUGCAUCUGAAAGCAAGCAGAAAUUCAACCUUGUAUGUGAAGAUAUUGUGGAAUCUGAAAUGUGCAGUUGGUUUCUUCAGUUCGGGCAGAAAAUUCGAACGAUGGAAAAUGGGCCUUCGUUUUGUCAGUUUAGUUAACAUUCAUACUUGCACUACCUGGAAAUUGUGAGUUUGCUUACAAAAGAAUAAUCUACCAAUCUAAGCUGAUUUGUUGUUUCUUGUUAGUUUUCCUUUUCAAGCAGGCCAGAUAUUUAAGUUAUGCUGUUGUUUUUCAAGAUGAUUAAGUGAACAAGUUAGAAUCGUGUGUGAAAUUCACAUGACAAUUGAUGUAUUGAAAAGGUAGCGUCAUAUGUCACAUACCGUGAUGAGCUUAAUUACAGUGCUGAAGUUUUGCUCAGCUUAGAACAAAGAGUAAAAAAUGCACUCCUAUGUAAGAAAAAUGAGAACACACUAAUCUGCGAACAGUAUAAGCAUUGUUUUUUUGACCAGACUUCGUCAACUUCAGCUGCAUGUCUCAAGUUGGCCAGAUUGCAUGGAUGUGCGUGGGUGAUGGCCUUGUUUAGGAGGUUUUAAAAUAUUGAGGUAUUUAGAUUUGCCAAAUGUUCUCUUCACACGGUGUUGCUGAAGCGUUAGUUAUUGUGCACGUGAAGUGUGAUAGUUUU